CCAUCUGCCUAGGUGUUACCACGGUUCGUGCUACUCGUCACCUCGCUUAGCCAUCCAUCCCGAUCCUCCGUCCGAGAUAUCCAAGACAUAUCUCGCUCCCAUCGCUGCACUUGCACACCACCACCUCGAACAGACCUAAACGGCAACCCAAUGGCUCCCGGCACCAUCUCCCCUGGCCUCCACCAUGGCAACCAGGACGUCGACCUGACCUCUUCUGCCAUCGAGCACAAGCUCGAGGCCAUCCCCAAUGGCAAGGGCACUAACGGUGACGCCAACGGCAAGCCCGCGUACCGAGAACUUGACGCCUCCAAGCUCAUCUACAACCGUACUAAGAACCCCCGUCAAGUCCCCGAUCUGGCCAGCGCCAAUGCCGGCCCCGAGACCAUCGCCACCGACCACAUGAUCGCCGCGACCUGGAAGGCCGGCGCCGGCUGGUCCGCCCCGGAGCUCAAGCCCUACGGCCCCAUUUCCCUCAUGCCCACAGCCUCCGUCUUGCACUACGCCACCGAGUGCUUCGAGGGUCUCAAGGUCUUCCGCGGCUUCGACGGUGCUCUCCGUCUCUUCCGCCCCGACCGCAACUGCGAGCGCAUGCUCAUGUCCUCCACCCGUAUCGCUCUGCCUGGCUUCCCUCCCGCCGAACUCAAGAAGCUCCUCAUCGCUCUGAUGGCCGUCGACGGCCCCAAGUGGCUCCCCCGCGACCGCCCCGGCUCCUUCCUCUACCUCCGCCCCACCAUGAUUGGAACCCAGCCUCAGCUCGGCGUCCAGGCCCCCUCCGAGGCCAUGCUCUACAUCAUCUGCACUUUCAUGCCCGUCAUGGACUCCCCCGUGGGCGGCAUGAAGCUCCACACGAGCCCUGAGGACAUGGUCCGCGCCUGGGUCGGUGGUUUCGGUUAUGCCAAGGUCGGUGCCAACUACGGCCCCUCUCUGCUCGCCACCGCCGAGGCCCGCAGCCGUGGUUUCGGCCAGAUCCUCUGGCUGUACGGACAGGAGCAGUACUGCACCGAGGCCGGCGCCAGCAACUUCUUCGUUGUGUGGAAGAACAAGGAGACCGGCAAGACAGAGGUUAUCACCGCCCCCCUCGACGACCGGUUGAUUCUGGACGGCGUCACCCGACGUAGUGUCUUGCAACUUAUCCGUGAGCGCCUCAGCGACGAUGUCGAGGUCGUUGAGAGGAGAUACACCAUCAAUGAGGUCAUUGAGGCCUACGACGAGGGCCGUAUUGUCGAGUCUUUCGCAGCUGGCACUGCUUACUUCGUUUGCCCCAUCUCCGUCAUCCACCACCGGGGCAAGGAUGUCAGCUUGAACAUGGGCAGUGAUGGCCAAGGCGGCAAGUACACGCUCCAAAUCAAGCAGUGGAUGAAGGACAUCAUGUACGGCGGCGAGCAGCACGAGUGGGGCGUCGUCGUCCAAGAGGAACUCUAGACGUUUUCCCGCUUCCUGCACGAAAAAUAGAAAAGAGAAAAACUGGGGGUGAAAGAAAUGAAAAGACGGUGAAUGGGAGGAGAUAUACACACAUAUGUACCUCGAACUGAGGCUGGUCGGUCAAACAGACACGAAAACAACAAAAGUCACGGCUGGGGCGUUGGAUGGCAUUCUGUACCCCAAAACGGUGAGUUUUUUGAACCGGGGGGUUUUUUCCCAUACAAAAAGACUUGGUGCAUUUGGCAUGAUAUACUUGGAUUUAUCACCUUAGCAUCAGCAAUUCACAUCAUUUAAUAUGCAUUGAGGGGAAACCCGGACAGGUCUUGAAUCUCUUGGCAAAGGCCGAAAAUAACACGGCUCAGAGACGAAGUCUUGAGACCAAGCAUAUAAGGAUAGGAUCAAGAUUCAAGAAAGGGCCUAUUCCUAUUAAAGUAGAAAUGUGAAGAA